AUGGCCGCCGAAAAUCCAGGCGCAUCCAGCUUGACACAGCUAGCUGAUUCACGUGAAGACGAGCUCUGGAAUGCAGACUAUGUCAACGAAGAACAUAUUAUGGCAUUUGCUCGCGCACUUUCUGCAGAGGACAUUCUUGAACCAGAAAGUCCUGUUGUUUCUCCGUUAGAUUCAAGACGAAGCCCUCCGGAGUUCCGAGUCCGAAAGGUCUCUGCAGUUAGUGAUUUCGCGCCCAUCAGUACAAAGGUCAAGAGGCGAAAAACUCCUGCAUCUCAUGGUAGAGCUCAAGAGUGGUCGUACCAGAUAUUCAGAUGGCCCUUGCUGCUUAUUCUGUUCUUGAUCAUAUUCGCCGAGUUCUAUCUAUAUGUGCUAAUACGUCAGAUCGUCAAUGUAUUCGAAUGGGUGCUCGCAUGGAGGGGGCGCAAGCGGUUGCUUCGGAGAAAACUCCGUAGUGCCAAAACAUACGAAGAGUGGAAGAGCGCGGCUACGAUGAUGGAUGAGUAUCUGGACUUCAAUAUAUGGAAACAUAUAGACGAAGAUCCAUACUAUGAUUAUCAACUGGUGAAGAAGGUCCGACGAUCACUCAGGCUUCACAAAGAGAGAAAUGACAUUCGGGGCUUGAUUGGGGUCCUGGAAGUCUGCCUUCGGCCCAAUUUUGCAGGCACAGAGAAUCCCCGGCUGUAUAGUGAAACAUUUUACGGCACCAAGAUUCUCCUUGAGUCGUACGUAAAGGAGGUCGAGUCCUGUCUGGCGUUCGUCCGCAACAGCAACGAAAUCACGGUUGAAGAGAGGCGAAGGUUCUUCCGAGACGUCAACCGCGGUUUGGGAAGCUCCGCCCUAUGCCUUUCCGGAGGUGCCACAUUUGGUUACUACUCCUUCGGUGUUAUCAAGGCAUUUCUGGACGCCAACCUGCUCCCCCGCGUCAUUGCUGGCACGUCAGCCGGAGGCCUUGUGGCCGCCUUGACUUGCACGAGAACGGAGGAGGAGCUGCGACAAUUGCUUGUACCCAGGCUCGCAGACAAGAUCACUGCAUGCGAGGAUCCAUUCCGGGUGUGGUUCAAGAGACUCCGGCAGACUGGGGCGAGGUUUGAUACUGUAGCAUGGGCUCGAAAGGCGACAUUCUUCACUCGCGGAUCCCUUACUUUCAGGGAAGCGUACGAGCGUACCGGCCGAGCACUGAACAUAUCGGUUGUUCCAUUCGAUCAGCACUCUCCUACAAAGCUCUUGAACUAUCUCACCGCGCCAGACUGCGUCAUCUGGUCGGCUAUGAUCGCAUCUGCAGCUGUACCUGGAAUUCUCAACCCAGUGGUUCUGAUGCAGAAGACGAAGGAUGGCAGCAUAAUCCCAUGGAACUGGGGUUCUAAGUUCAAAGAUGGAAGCUUGCGGGUCGAUAUACCCAUACAAUCACUCAAUAUCCUGUUUAACGUCAAUCACCCUAUCGUGUCACAAGUUAAUCCGCAUGUACAUCUAUUUUUCUUCGCUCCGCAAGGAUCGCCUGGUAGGCCUGUGGCUCACCGGAAGGGCAAAGGCUGGCGCGGCGGGUUUUUCCUUUCCGCUGCUGAACAAUAUCUCAAACUCGAAUUGACGAAGAACUUCAAGGUUAUUCGGGACCUGGAGCUCAUGCCCCAGCUGUUAGGCCAGGACUGGUCCAGCGUCUUCCUCCAAAGGUUCGACGGAUCAGUCACAAUUUGGCCAAAGACUCGUUUCAUGGACUGGAUCAAUAUUCUCACGGAUCCAGAUCGCAAGGAGCUGGAGCGGAAAAUGCGUGUCGGGGAGCUCGUCACUUGGCCCAAGCUACACAUGAUUGAGAACCGUUUCCUUCUUGAGCGUGAAAUACUACGAGGUCGCCUCGCGGUCCGGCAGACAGCAGUUGUGCGAGAAGCUGGGCUUGGCCUUACUCUUGACAAAGUGGCCGCCCCGAACCAGCCUGUCAAUGCAAUUGAGAAGCCGACCCCGGAUGGAGAUGUUCUCCCUGAACGCGUGCGCCGCAAACGUCAAAUCUCCAUCGAUUCGGAUGCCGAGUCUGGUUUCAACAACGAGAAGGGUGUUUUGCGACGAUCCCGCCUUUCUGCGACAUCCCUACCCGAUGACGCGGUCUCUGUACGGUCACUCCCUGCAUCAUUCGGCUCGGAUUGGCUAAACGCCCCACCGGUUGGCCCACGUAAAAGACGCGCAGGUCGUGCUUCACCUGCCAAAGGAGACAAUAAGCUCCCAAGCACAAGCACGACGCCAGCUCACCCUACUAGGAGUCCGAGCUUCAUAUCCCGUUUACGGUCUCCUUUUGUUUCCGCGUUCGCAUUCCAUAGGAGUCCACAUUCUACGCCGCCCGAGAUCAAGGAAGAAAUCGACGAAACAGAGCAGCCAUUGCAGGACUCGAGUUCAAGCGACACUGAGACGGACAUCGCAUGGCUUGCGGAACGAGCGGCACAAGCCUCACCGAGUUUCAUGCGCCUCGACGACGGCGCAGGCAUGGAUGAGGACGACGACUCCUGACUGUCUGUAAUAUCAUUAGGCGAUAGGACGUAUAGCAGCGACGACUACGACAGUAAUACGCCUUAUCUUUAUCCGUGUUGCGUGUUGUCUCAAGUGAAUCCACCCAUAUCAGGAGUCAGGGCAACUCGAUACUGCGCUGUUAGUGUGCCGCCACCUAGGCAUCCAUCGCCCUCUACAUGCUGGACCACUCAGGCCUCCAAGUUGACCAAUGACCCCACUGUGCGCGCAUGUGAACAUCAAGAUCCUGAAACUCUGAGUUGCAAAGGUGAGCGCGGGCAGCGCGGCGAACCCGAAGUGAAAGGCCGUGCUGCCGUGCACACCAUAUGCUG